GCAAACGAGAAUCGACGCUUCACGGACAUUGUGUGCGGAGCGGCAGCCGGAUGCACAGCAAUGACCUUUGCAAUGCCUUUUGAUGUGUAUCGUGGAACGCUACACGCUGCGUCUUUGAUAUGGAAAUCUGACGGAUUUCGUGGAUUUUUUCGAGGAAUCAUUCCAUCGUUAUUUCAGAUUGCACCUUACAUAGAGCCGUUUGGGCCGUUAUGUUGCGGUGCCCUAGCCGGGGUCUCGUCCAAAACAGCGAUUUAUCCUCUGGAUGUUGUACGGCAUCGAUUACAGGUUCACAUCUAUUCCUCGUCACUUUUCACUUUUGCUCUCGACCCUUAA